AUGGAAUUAUUUGCUACUCUGAUUCAAGUCUUCUUUGUUUCUUCUUUUGCAACAGCUACUUUCAGCCAAGAUGGUGGCAGUAGCGCUAACAGACCAAACUGGUCCUCUGAGUUGAUGACUCGGAUUCAAGAGCACACCGGUCAUCAGCCAGAGAUAUACUCGCACGCAUUGAAAGUCAUGGAGGGACUUAAAAGCUCCCCAUCUUGCAUUCGUCUCGCUGUUUCCACUCUUGUAGACACUUGCCAGUCCCUCGAGACGAAAGGGGAUGAUAUUCCCGCCAAAAGCACAGAGCUAGCGCUUGAUGAAGUCAAAUCGGAAUUCGCGGCAAGAUUGGCUAUGUGCGAGCUGGCCGGAGCCCGAGCAACGCUGCCAGAUUUCUGCAAACCACUUACGCCAUCUAAUACAGCAUGUCCACGGUCUCGCUUCAGCGGUGUCUUUUCUUGGAGCCCCCAAGAUGUGAGUGACAAGCUUUGCUACCCUACUGUGAGUGACGCACAGAUCAAAGGUUGCUUGGAGGCCCUUGAGUCUCGCCCUCAAUGGUGGACGAGCUAUAGCAAUGCACGGCAGAAUGCUGUUGUCAUAUGCCAAGCGAGUCGAGAUAUGAUUGAGAAAGAUAAUGUCCUUAGGACGUACAAGUCGCUGACCGAAACUGUAUCAAAUAUCACUGCUACUAUGCAGCGAUCCAUGCAAGACCAUGCGACCUCACUCGAGACCACAAAAGAGUACACUGAAUUUUUGAUCUCGCUACAAAAUGAUGCAACUCGUGCUUUCACGGCUGGUAAUAAGGAGUCUCAGGUUAUUCUGACCAAGUUCUUGGUAGAUAUACAAUCUUCUAUAAGCCUUGAAACUGCGAAGAUGUUACAAGCCUGGAGUGAGACCGAGUCUCGCAUAGAUGCAUUGAACCAGAUCAUAAAGGGUUCUAGCACUGAGCUGGAGCACAUGCGACAGAAUACGGCCGGUACAUUUGGCAUAAUGCUGUCGCGUAUUUCCGAGCAGAAUGCACUCCAUGAUGACCGCAUAGAGUACAGUAGCAGUCUCGCUGUCGAACUCUUGCGAACACUUGAAGAUGCCCGGAGAUCUCAACUCGAAGCUUUCAGUGAGACUGCGGCAGGUCUGAGCGACGUUCGUGUGGGUCUGCAACUCGUGGACCAGAAUCUGGCCGACAUGCGGCUAUCACAAGCAAAGGUUCAUGCCGAAAUUACCUCUACCGAGUUACGUCUUACGGACAUCAAAGUAGAUGCCGAAUUCAUCAAGCAAACCAUGACAGACGCUGCUGAAUAUGCUAGCACUUUAUCAAAACUUGUAGGCUACGCAAGGUUUUGGCAAUGGAUCCUUAUUGCGAUCCUCAUAGUACUGUGCGUUAUGCCACGAAGUCCAACAUUGGCGAUUAGUGUCCUGGUAGUCCUUUUUGUUGUUACGUCCCUACUUGACUUCCCUCUCCCAACGCUGAAGACGUCGCCAGAAGUUCUUUAUGGUGUGUCUUCUUUCAGUUCGUCUAUAUGGCAGUCUUUGCCAAAUGCGGCUUCGAUAUGGGUCAUGUUCGGAGUCGCAUCAGCAGUCACACUGGCAGUCAUAUUUUACUUCGCUUUUCGUCGCAUGGUUCUCACGCGAUACAACGGUGGACUAUUGCCAAGCAUUGAAGUACCGCGGGUUCCAUCAGCAGAACGAAAUGGGUACUUCUAACUGUUCCUUGACGUCAAAGUACGCGACAGACCUUUAGGAAGCUAUCUGGUCACUGAUGAGGCAAAGUCAACACCAAAAGUAUAUCCUCUUUAUGCACGAACGAUGGAUUUCCGCCUCGACCCGUCAUCAUACCCCAUGUCACAUCUAUCUACUCCUUUCCUCGCGAACAUCGACACGCAGCGUAUAUUUCCAUCACAUUCUACUAUCUCAUCACACACAGCAUUACGACGGGCGUCAUAUAUAUUCAGUCAGGCAUAUUCAGGCAUUUCUGCGAGUCUUUAAAUGGAUUCUUAAAGGGGAGGAGCUUACUUCCGUAUUCAGCGUGCAUUGGUUCUGAGAUUCCAGUGGCAGUCAUUUUCUAUAGUUUUUAUCAGUACCUUUUUAGUCCUCAGCGCAAACGUUUUCGCCGCUAUCAGAACAACCAUUACAGCAUCUAGAACAUUGUACUCCAGCAAACAUCUCUCUGAUGCAAUUCCACCCGUUAUCUUCGACCUG